UAUCCAAUUCUAAUAAUGUAACAACCUUUAUAUCAAAACUGCAUUGGCAUAUAUAUUAUAUAGUUGAGUACAAUUAAUGUCAUUGUGAAAGUUUUCUCUUCUGGAAUUGGCAAUGGGUUUCACUGUUGGCUUGGUAAGAAAUGUCUUCUCAAGAAACCAUGCUAUUAGGUCUCAUGAAAGCAAAAUAACGCGACGCAAUUCAACUGAAAAUAGAAGAUGGGUUUCUGUUAAAUCAUACUUGUGCGGAAACGAAUUCAAUUCAGUGCUUGCAGAGGAAGAUUCAGCUUCAAUCAAGAGCUCUGAAGUCACAGUUACGCAGUCUCUUCAAGAAGAUUUCGCGACGGAUAAAGACGAUACCAAGAGUGAAGAAACCGUUGAGAAUGCAAUAGAGAAAAAACCAAAUUCGAACCCGAAAUCAUUGAAUGAAGAAGAAGCGGUUAUUAUAAUUCAAUCAGCAUAUAGAAGCUUCAAGUUAAGGUGUAGAAAUGAAGAAACCGAAAGGUCGGAAACUCGCAAAGAGAAGCUCGAGUUAGUGACGGAAAGUCCGGAUAGGAAAUCUAUGGCUACAUCAGUUGAAGUUCAAACAGGAAAUUCCACAGAAGUUUUCUCACUUGAAGGAGAAAAUAUGAGCAUUUAUAAUCAUAUUCAGAACAGGAAUAGAACAAGAGGAAUAAAGCAAAAGGAAGAUUGGGAUGACAGCACUGUGAGUAGCAAUGUUUCGAAAAUGAGAAUGCAGAACAGAAUGGAGGCAACAACAAGGAGAGAAAGAGCAUUGGCUUAUGCUUUCUCACAACAGUUGCGGAUAUGUUCAAAGAGAAAACUAGCAAAACAUAACAACAUGGAACAAAAUAUGAGCUGGAGUUGGCUUGAAAGAUGGAUGGCAACUCGACUUCAAGACACUUCAUCGGUUGAGAGCCAUGCUAUGAAUCAGUAUGAAAAUUUCACCAAUGAUCACAAAAUCACUAUAAAGACGAGAUUUUUAGAUGGUUCUGGUGGCGAAGAAAAAGAGAGUUGUGGAUCGAAUGAAGUUCCGAUUUCUUUUGAUAAUUAUUCAGUAAGUUCACAAGAAGAAAAAGUUAGCAACUACAAUUUAUCAACUACAAAGACAAAUUUCAAAGCUAGGAGAACUGUGUCCAGGAGGAAAACUGUGCCAAGUUAUCAAUUUCACGAUGAUCAUUCAAAGAUAAGCAUUACAGAUGGUUCAAACAAUGCUAGUAAGGAUACUAAGCAAAAAUCAAAGCAAGAUGGAAGCAAAACAGAAAUCAGUCAAAUGACAAUUAGCACUUCUAAAACUUCUAAUGAGUGACUUAUUGUAAUUAAUCUACCUAAUAAAGUCAACUAAUUAUGUGUGUCUAAUAGUAUUGACUAAGAAGAAGAACAAAAAUUACAUUAGCAUCCUCAGAGGUUUAUAAUGAGUGACUUGAAAGUUGUUACAUUAAUAUGUGUUAAAUAAAUUUAACUAGUGUGUCUAAUAUUAAGAUGUAAUUAAUGGUUGGUUUUUAUUUAGGUUCUAAUUCUAUUAUUCUGUUUGUAUAACUUGUAUUCAGCACAGUAUAUAAUAUUAAUUGCAAUGAAUGAGAUGGUUGUUGUGAUGAUU